AUGGCUCUUUGUCUUGCAAAUUCUUUGGUAGCUCGUCGAGAUUAUGUUCCUUACGAUCAACUAGUUCGUUAUAAAUGGUGGUACAGAGAUGGGUAUAUGUCUUCUACAGGAAAAUGUUUCGAUAUUGGUGCGGCCACCAGACAGUCAUUGGGUGAAUUUGAACGUCGCCAAACAGAGUUCGCCGAAAAACACGGAAUUCCUUUGGAUGAAUUGGACCUUCUCUCAGAUCUUCAACUCCUGGAGAAGUUCGACGUGAAUUGCAGUAAAGAAGGUGUGGCUGGUAAUGGAGCUUUAAUGCGACUGGCACCUGUGCCAUUAUUCUUUUAUAAAUAUCCUACUCAUGCUGUCGAGUAUUCAGGAUGUAGCGGAUUGAUUACUCAUGGUGAUGACAAAGCCCGCGAUGCCUGUCGUUAUUAUGGUGCUUUAAUCGUGGCUGCUGUCAACGGGGCAACAAAAGAGGAACUACUUGAUGAAAAAUUCUACAAAAACAAUAAAGAGUGGUUCGGUGAUAAACCCCUUCAUCCAGACAUUGAAAGAAUAGCUCAAGGCUCUUAUCGAAAAGGUGGAUAUGAUAAAGGCAUUCGAGGUAAAGGAUACAUUGUUAGUGCUCUCGAAGCUGCUUUAUGGGCUUUUUGGUCUGAUAAGAACUCUUUUCGAGAAGGUGUUUUGGCAGCUGUAAAUCUUGGUGAUGAUACUGACACAACAGCAGCCAUCUAUGGUCAAUUAGCUGGUGCCUACUACGGUUAUGAAAAGUUACCCAAAGAAUGGACACAAGAAGUAUAUGCCAAAGGUUUUAUCAAAUGUUUGAGCAAAUGGAUCGCUUAUGAAGGAACGAAGUGGUCACCACAAGAAUCAGAAUCUUUAAAUGUACCUUCCGUGAUUGUUAAUGAUGCAUCUUUUGAGCAAGAGACGAAUUUAAAUGAGUCAACUAUGUCAGAAGAAAACAGAAACUAUCCACUACAACCAUCAACAACACAAUUUGAUACACAAUUAGGAUCAACUUCAACGCUCAAACAGUCUACUGGCCUCUCAACAGAUUCUCGACCGCGAAGUCGUACUUGUGUCACGAUGUCUGAAGCGGCUUUAAACCCCGAUUCAAAUACACAAUCUGAAGCUAGACGUCGACAUUCAAUUCAACAUAAUGAUCCUGGAUUUUCAUCUCAACGUAAGAACUUUAGAUUUCUAACAGUGAAUAUAGGAUCAAGGAAAGUUUCACUGAAACAAACAGGAGCUUAA